AUGUUCUCCUGGCCGAUUCCAGCCACGGCGGCCAAUCUCAUUGAGACUAGCCAACUGCGCAGCAGAUAUUAUAGUGCACAAGUGUACGCGCAGACACAACGUGCACUCUCUAUUCCUGUCACUCUCAUACUCCGGUGGGACGACUACUCGACACGACCGGCACAGGACCUACAACUUUACGUGCUCUCCGAGGCACGGGGA